AUGACAAAAUUCUUGACUGUAAAUAUGAAUUCAAUUAAACGACAACUAAGUCUUGACCAAAUGCUUGAUAGAAGAGAGAAGACAUUUAAAAAAUACCGUGCCUUGACUGAUCAUCAUCGGUCAUUUACUCCUGAAAUAUCUCCUUCGUCUCCCAAUCGUCGAUUAAAACAUCGAAGUACAAUUCAUCAUCGUCCAUCUUCAAGUCAUGCAUUAACUGCUAAACCACAAAUUGAAUUUAUGAAUAAUGCUAAUAGUAAUCGUUCUUCUACUCCUGUUCUCUCCACUGAAUCUAUGACGAUCAACGAAUCAACAAAAAUUGAUGAAAUUCUCUGUUUUCAUUUACCAACUAUGGCGAAUGAUUAUUUUCAAUACUGUAAUUCUCAUUCGCAGGCAAAUAAAUCUCUACAAAAUAAAAUCGAUUCGAAUGAACAAUUUCGUUCGUAUUUAAAAAUAUUUCAAGAUACCACCGGUGGUUUAUCAUUGAAUGGUUAUUUAACAAAACCGAUUCAACGUGUUACACGUUAUCCAUUAUUAAUCGAAAAGAUUCUUAAACAUACUCCGAAUAAUCAUCCGGAUUAUCUGCCGAUUAAACAAGCAUUGGAAUCUGCGCGACAAUUAACGGAAAAAAUUAAUAAACAAAUUAGUGAACAAGAAAGUAGUUCACGCUUAGAUUGGUUACAACAACAUUUGGCUUUUGGAAAUGAUGAGAACUCUUCCGAUGGAUAUUUAUUAGAUGGAUUACUAAAAUUUAAUUCAGUUAAUCGAUAUCAGAUUCAAAGGCAAUUGCUUUUACAUGGUGUAAUCAUGAAGGUUCCUGGUGGAAAAGAAUUAUUAGCAUUUUUAUUCAAUAAUUUUCUUUUAUUUACAAUAUUUAAAUCAUCAUCGAGUAAUUGGCAAACACAAAUAUUCGAACAGAAAUCUAAUUUAUAA